GUGGUGUUUGGAUCACUUUUUUUUCACUUUAUUUAUAGCUUUUGCUUGCACACUUGGCUCUGGAAUCCAUAGCCUCUGUCUGUCUGUCUGUCUGUAGUCUCUCUUUAUAUAUCUAUGUCUAUAUACCUACAUUGAGCACUUCAAUCCUCGAUUCCUAAAAGAAAAAAAAAUCGAAAUUGAUUGUUAGGGUUUCUAAGCAUAUGGAGAAAAUCAGGAGAGCAUCGCAUGCAGGAUCAUGGUACACCGACAAUCCGAAAAAAUUAGAAGAAGAGCUUGAUGGAUGGCUCAGAGCAUCUGGCCUGGUGAAAUCUCCUGAUGUACGAGGGGUGAUUGCACCUCAUGCAGGUUAUUCAUAUUCAGGCCGUGCAGCAGCCUACGCAUUUGCAAACAUAGACCCAUCAAGCGUUUCUCGGGUGUUUCUUCUCGGUCCAUCUCAUCACUAUUACACUCCGAAGUGUGCUCUUUCAAGAGCCACUGUUUACAAGACACCAGUUGGCGACCUAACUAUUGAUCUGGAAGUCAAUGAGGAGCUAAAAGCUACAGGGAAAUUUGAACUGAUGGAUCUUCAUGUUGAUGAAGCUGAACAUAGCAUGGAGAUGCACUUGCCAUAUCUUGCUAAAGUAUUUCAUGGGUACUCAGUGAAAAUUGUACCCAUUUUGGUUGGUGCUCUUAAUGCCGAAAAUGAAGCCAUGUUUGGACGGCUGCUAGCCAAAUAUGUGGAUGACCCGAAUAAUUUCUUUUCUGUGUCUUCAGAUUUUUGUCACUGGGGUUCUCGGUUCAACUACACACAUUAUGACAAAAACCAUGGAGCUAUCCACAAAUCUAUUGAGGCCUUGGAUCGGAUGGGCAUGGAUAUAAUAGAAACAGGAGAUCCAGAUGCAUUUAAACAGUACUUGUUGGAGUAUGAGAACACAAUUUGUGGACGUCAUCCAAUCAGUGUUUUCCUCCAUAUGUUGAAGACCUGCUCAACGAAGAUAAAAAUUAAAUUCCUUCGAUAUGAACAGUCAAGUCAGUGCAAAACCAUGAGGGACAGCAGUGUAAGUUAUGCAUCUGCAGGGGCGAAGGUAGAUGCUUGAAUAUGUAUGCACCUAUUGGUAUAUGAAGUCUACUUGCAUUCUACUAGGGUUUAUUAUUUUCGACUUUGUUGAAUUGGCUGUAAUUUCUAACUUUAUCACUCUCUCCCUGAAUAACCCACCUCACCUUGGGUUAUUUGCAAUAAAUUUGUGACCUCUUAAAGCCAUCUCUUACUUUGGAUUUCCUUUAUUUUCUUCUCCUGCAAAAUCACUGCAUUCAAUCAAUUGUUAUUUGCACUUUCUUUAUUCAA